AUGAGGCUGGGGUUUUCGCACGUUGAGUUAUUGCUCCAUGCAGGGUUGGAGUUUGUGUGUCGCGACCUGGUGUCUACACUGGCGUACGGUGGAGAGACUAUAUUGGUGUUUCUGCCUGGAAUUGCGGAAAUUUCGACUUUGUUUGAAACGCUGGCGCCUCUGGAACGCGGGGAGGGAGAGGCUGUUAAGGCUGGCAAGGACGGGGAGGCCAGCGGCACAGGGGAGACACCCGGAGCACCGGGUGAAGGAGCAACAGAAGAAGGAUCGCGACCUGAAGCGCCCCUGUUCAAGUUGUUUGUGCUGCACUCAACAAUCGGCCGCGAGGAACAGGCAGAAGUCUUUAGCCCCCCUCCGCCCACCGUCUGUCACGUCGUCCUCGCCAGCAACAUCGCGGAGAGCUCGUUGACAUUGCCCAAUUGCCGCGUUGUCAUUGACUUUUGUCUCCGCAGACAGAUGAUCUAUGACCGUAAGCGCCACGCGUCAGCGCUGGUCAAGGCCUGGACGUCACAUGCAUCUUCCCAGCAGCGCAGUGGAAGGACAGGCCGUGUGUUCCCUGGAGUCUGCGUGCGUCUAGUGCCAUUACGAUUUUACCAGACGAGCCUCCGUGUAUUCGAUCUCCCCGAGAUGCAGACAGCGCCUUUGGACAAAUUGUACAUUACUGUCGCCCACAUGACAAAGCGCCUGAAUGCCAUCGCCCGCGAAGCGCAUGCAACGCCCACUCCGGAGGGGGGUUCUGCUCGGCUGCCUGACGAGCCCAAGACAAUCCAAGAUCUUAAGAGCCAGGGAGCACUCGAUGCGAAUGGGGAUAUAACGAGCCUGGGCUACCUGAUGAUGCAGCUGCCAAUAGAUGUGCGGCUUUGCAAACUAAUAUUCCUAGGUAUUGCUUUCGGCUGCCCACUGGACGCCGUGGUGCUGGCUAGCUGUCUAGCUAGCUCCGAUUUGUUCGCUUUCCCAGCGCUGAUGCUACUUCAAAGACACUCCAAGGCGAGUGCAGGAUAUGAGGCCGCGUUACAGCUGCAGCAGCAACUGAAGUCAAGGGCUUUGUUCGAUGGCGGCCACUUCUCCGAGCCGCUUAUGCUGCGGAACUGCUUUGUUGAGUUUCUCUUACACUUUGCGGGUUCGACAGCUGAACUCCGCUCGCGCCUGGCGCGGCAGGCAGCAGGGAGCCGCCCCCGCCGAUUGGAAUUGAACAUGAAG